UACGCAUGCGCAGUGGGAAUCGCAGAGCUUUGUUUUUCGGAGCUAGCAUGGCGCUCAGCAAAACGUUUGGGCAAAAGCCGGUGAAAUUUCAACUGGAAGAGGAUGGGGAUUAUUACAUGAUUGGCUCAGAGGUGGGUAACUACAUGCGCAUGUUCAGAGGCUCUUUGUACAAAAGGUAUCCGUCAUUAUGGAGGAAACAGGCCUCGGUUGAAGAACGAAAGAAGAUUGUGGAGUCAUCACAUGAUCAUGGAUACACACAGCUGGCCACCAGUGUGACUCUACUAAAAGCCUCGGAGGUGGAGGAGAUUCUAGAGGGAAACGAUGAGAAGUACAAAGCAGUAUCUAUUGCUGAACCCCCCGCAUACAUCAGGGAACAGAAGGCGAAGAGAAACAGCCAGUGGGUCCCGACUUUACCCAACAGCUCUCACCAUCUAGACGCUGUGCCCUGCUCCACCACCAUCAACCGUAGCCGGCUCGGGCGAGACAAGAAGAGGACCUUCCCCCUCUGUUUUGAUGACCACGAUCCGGCUGUUAUCCAUGAAAACGCCACUCAGCCUGAAGUCCUGGUCCCCAUCCGCCUCGACAUGGAGAUCGAGGGACAGAAGCUCAGAGACGCUUUCACCUGGAACAUGAACGAGAAGCUGAUGACUCCGGAGAUGUUUGCGGAGAUCCUUUGUGACGACCUGGACUUGAAUCCUCUGGCGUUUGUUCCAGCCAUCGCCUCCGCCAUUCGCCAACAGAUUGAGUCGUACCCCACAGACAGCAUCCUGGACGAGCAGACGGACCAGAGAGUCAUCAUUAAGCUGAACAUUCACGUGGGGAACAUCUCGCUGGUGGAUCAGUUUGAGUGGGACAUGUCGGAGAGGGAGAAUUCUCCGGAGAAGUUUGCCCUGAAGCUGUGCUCAGAGCUGGGUCUCGGGGGAGAGUUUGUGACCACCAUCGCCUACAGCAUCAGGGGACAACUCAGCUGGCACCAGAGAACCUACGCCUUCAGUGAGAACCCAUUGCCCACUGUGGAAAUCGCCAUAAGAAACACUGGAGACGCAGACCAGUGGUGCCCCCUGCUGGAGACAUUGACAGACGCCGAGAUGGAAAAGAAGAUCAGAGACCAAGACAGAAACACCAGGCGAAUGCGACGACUGGCCAAUACAGCUCCAGCCUGGUGAACCCACAAGAAUCUGCCCACAAGAGCCACCAUUCGUCAUAUUUUUUUACCAUUAUUGUUAUUAUUGUUAUUGUAAUUAAAAAAUGCCCGAUAGACAUGUUGUUUGCUUUCAAUGACUGACUCUUCUGGAACACAGGGACCCAUCGCAGAUAAUAUAUUGUUUUGUUGUAUGUGUCGUCUUUUGUACAUUUUAAUAAUUCUUACAAAAUAAUAAAAAAAAAAACAACAUGAAAA